ACCAAUAGGCGGUGCUGCAGCUCUGCGACGAACGCAGCGGAGACCCUCUUGGUCACUGCCGGUUACGGCGUAGCGUCAGCCAAUGGAGAUGAAGCAGGAAGCUCAGAGGCGGAAGUUGCGCUGAUCUUGUUGCAUCAACGUGCCAGGGGACCUGGGAGCCAAAGCGGUGUGCAGUCAUGUGGCCUCUGAUGUGGGCUGCGAUGCGGACCUACGCUCCGUAUGUCACCUUUCCCGUUACCUUUGUGGUCGGAGCAGUGGGCUACCACCUGGAAUGGUUUAUCAGAGGAACGCCCAAACCUCGAGAGGAGGAGAUGAGCAUCCUGGAGCUGAGGGAGGAGAGGAAGCUUCAGGAGCAAGUGGGUAUGGACAGCACGCAGGUGCUUAGCCUGAAAGACAAACUGGAGUUUACACCCAAAGCGGCUCUGAACAGGAACCGACCAGAAAAGAGCUAACCGUGGCUGCCAUUAGAGACUCGCGUGUUUUGUCCGUUUCUCAGCUGGAGGAUGGUGCACUGGGAGCAAAAUGGGGUGAAGCAGGGGGCAAAAGACCUUUUCUUCCGAUUCAUCUCAGCCUUUGUUCCUCACCCCUGGCCAUCAAAAAAGCUUCAGCUUGCCUUUUGUUCGUUUCAGACACUUCUCAGAGGCAGGAGGGGGAAUAAUAAAACACUUGACAUUUUAUUCAGUUAAAAAUACUGUGUGUGUGUGUGUGUGAGAGAUUGUGAUUCUCUGACCUUCCACUUGAUGUUUCACAAGCCUGAUCAAUCACUGAAAAACACCUUGGAUAUUGGAACUGUUGGGUGUUCAGGAUUUGAACUGACCACAAGGUUUGAUUUUAUUCUUCAGUUUGUCCUCUGGCUCGUAGAAAAGAGGAACAUUGUCUGUAAAACAUGUAAAUCUAGUUGUGCCACUGACACAGAUUUUAUUGUGACUUUUUUACCAACCCCCAUGUCAUUUAUUUGUUGUUUCCCAAAUACAAAUGAUGUCAUGUUCCAGGGCUUUCACACACAGGCGUUUCUCCUUUAACAUAGUCUUCAUGUUCAGAAAGAACAGCUGAUAAUGAGCAUGAAAGCAGAGGAAGUAAGACCGGUCUUAAUGUGGUAGUUCUUUUUAUCUCAUCUAACCUUUGAUGGUAUGUGGUCGAAUGAGCCAACAGUGUGGGAGGUCUCUCAGGAAGUUUAAGCUGCUUAGUGCUGCUGUCUGAAACAUCUACACAAUACAUUCAUUAAAGGAAGUCUGGAUUUUCUUGCAAAUUUGACGUUGUUAUUAUGUGUGUCACUGAAAAAUGAGAUUAAUAAAAUGAAUUUGAGUUUU